AUGUCUCAACCGUCUCUACUCGAUAUGCCGGAGAAUGUGAUGCUGAAAAUCACAGAAGCAGUUGGAUUCCCUUCGAUUUUCACGCUUCGAAAAACCUGUCAUAACUACCGUAACUUCAUUGAUGACAAGACUCCUAACAGCAAUUUAACCGGUAUCUUCAUCCGUGUCAAUACCAAAAGGAUGUACUUGUAUUACGAAAUAUCUGGAGAGAGACUGAGACAACAGAUAGUUUACAACAAACACCCGGAUGGAUGUGUGGUCAAUCAUAAUGCUCAUGGAAUGUUUCUACGAAACGAAAAAUUUUUAUUAGUAUUCCUUAGAGAUUUCGAGCUGAUCAUCAAGCAUCAAAAGUCAGCACUUGAACAAUUUCAUUUCCAUUCUGGCGGUAUGGCAGACGAUGAAGAGUUGCAGCAAUAUAUUUCUUCAAUUUUCGCGAAAACCAUGAAUAUUCUGAAGUCCCGGCCACGCCCAUUGAAAGUUAAAGAAUUCAAAAUUGACGAUUGCGAGCAGGAGCAUGUUAUGUCAAUUCUACCGUUUCUUGAUGCAAAUCUCUUGAAGAAUAUCUCAAUGGAUUUUGAUUAUGUAGCUUUUGUAGUGGAUGAGACAGCUAUGAAGCUCAAUGAAAUUAUGUCGCUACCUCAAUGGAAAAAUGCCACAAAUCUGGAUAUGUCUUAUUUAUAUGUCACGGAGCCAUUCCAAGCAUUUUUCGGGUUCACAAGAGUUGUGAUAUGCAAGCAAACAGUGUCUGGAAACGACUUGCUUUCUGUCAAAGAGAAAUUCCUGUCGCCCAAUAACCAAACCGAGGAGUUCAGUAUCUUCUACCUUACCUUCGUCGAUGGUCAAAUAUUGGGAGAUAGCAUCACAGAUAACUGUGGGGACCAACACUGGUACUAUCGAACCGAAAAGAAUGAACAAAUACUGAAGAUUUCCAACAUUAUCUGGACUAAGACGGUUACUGUAUCAUUUGUUGAGAGAUCGGAUGUUCCGGAGAAUGCGUUGGUGCUGGCUUAG